AUUAAUAUUACCAAAUUCUUUAAAAAAGGAUUUGAAUUGAUAGUAAUUCGUCUCGAGUUGAGUAAGUGCUUCUAAGUAUAAUGGCAAAACCGAACUUUACGGAAUAUCAGUUGUGGAUGGGAAAUCUGGAACGUUAUAUGGAUGAAGACUUCAUAUUUAAAGCAUUUCGUAAGAUGAAUGAAAAUCCAGACUCUGUUCGUAUGAUUCACGAAAAAAACGGCGAUAAUGCUGGAUAUUGCUUUAUUAAUUUUCCAACUGACAAAUUGGCAUUGAAUGCCAUGAAUAAGCUAAAUGGUAUGAUGAUUCCAGAUACUAUGCCACCAGUGCGGUUCCUUCUUAAUUUUGGCACCCGAAACUAUCAGCAAAAUUUAUAUAGUGCUUGGAUUGGAGGCCUGUCGUGUGAAGUUGAUGACUAUGGGUUGUUUAAGACAUUUGCACAAAAGUAUGCUUCCGUAAAAAGUGCUAAAGUAAUUCUUGAGAGCUCAAGUCGAAACAAUAGAUAUGGAUUUGUAAGUUUUAGUUCAAAAGUUGAUCUUUUGGCGUCCAUUAAGGAAAUGAAUGGAUACGUUGGCCUCGGAACCAAAGCGUUAAAAGUUCGUAAUGCCACAAGUAAUAACAAGAGUGAAAAGCUUCGAAACAGAAGUAAUUCUGAAAGUAAAGCUGCUACCAGUUGUGAUAUUACGCUAAACCCCAACUGUAGCAUUUAUCAUGAUUUCAACUUACAAGGUGCUAGUACUUUUCAGGAUCCUAUUAGCCGGAUAUACCUGGAAAAUAUGAAGUGGCCUCACUGCUUAAAAGAUGUUAUCUAUUGUGAUUUUAAUCAAAAUCAAUAUUCCUCGAUCAUGGUGCAACAUAGCCCAACAAAUAACCAGUCGGCAAACGAAGAGUCCGAGACAGGGUCAAGUCAAAGUACUGAUUCAAAUGUCAAAAAAUACUACAAUUUGGAUCAAUAUACUAAUCGCAUCUAUUUUACCGGUUAACUUUAGCAUUAUUUUAAAUGUCUCUUGAAAAUUUAUUAUGUUUUAUUAGUCUGCUAUUUGCAUUUUAAAAUUAUAUCAGUUUCAGUUCAAAUAAAUGUGAGAUUUUUUAAUGCCACA